ACGUCACCAGGCGGGGCCCGGGUAGCCCGUGGUAACCCGGAGUCUGCGGAAGUGGAGACCGGUGGGCAGGCGGCUAGGACAGGGGACUGAAAGUUGUGGAACCACAAUUUGUGACACCAGGUGUUUUUUUGGUAAGCAGCCAUUUAUGAUUCCGGAAGAUUAAGGCAGAUAGGAAGCCCCUUCUGAGAUUGUAACAAAGCUCUCGAACAACAAUCGACACCAUGGACAUAAAGCUGGACCCUUCCCGGGAUGACCUGCCUCUCAUGGCCAACACCAGCCACAUACUCGUGAAGCACUAUGUACUGGAUUUAGAUGUGGAUUUCGAAAGUCAAAUCAUUGAGGGCACCAUAGUGCUUUUCUUUGAGCCUGGGGACAGAUUCGAGAAACAGAGUGGUUCCACCAAGGACACCUGCCGAUCAGAGUCAAACGAAGCCUGCAGUUUUAGGAUGCCUGCACCCUGCCAGAGUCCUGUGACAGAUACAAGAACCUUCUCAUCUAAAACAGGAUAUAAUGAUUUUGCAAUCUGUGGUAAAGGUGAAAAAGAUACUUCUGGUAAAGAUGGUAACCAUGACAACCCGGAACAGGCUUCUGGGAUUUCUAGCUCAAAGUACCGCUGUGACACAGGGAAUCAUGGGAGUGAGGAUUUUUUGCUAGUGUUGGACUGCUGUGAUUUAUCCGUGUUGAAGGUAGAGGAGGUGGAUGUUGCUGCUGUGCCAGGUAUUGACAAAUUUACAAGGUCUCCCAAGCUCACAGUUGUUUCUGAGGAGCUCAGGAAUCAGAUUGUACAUGAACUUGUCACUCUGCCUGCAGGGCGUUGGCGGGAGCAGUUAGACUAUUAUGCUGGCUGCAGCCAGGCUCCUGGCUGUGGGGAGCUCCUGUUUGACACUGACACUUGGAGCUUACAGAUCAGGAAGACAGGGGCUCAGACAGCUACUGACUUUCCUCACGCCAUAAGGAUAUGGUACAGCACCAAACCCCAGGGGCGAUCCGUUACAUGGACCUCAGACCAGAGCGGCAGGCCAUGUGUUUAUACUAUGGGAUCUCCCAUAAACAACAGGGCCCUUUUUCCAUGCCAGGAGCCACCCGUUGCCAUGUCAACAUGGCAGGCUACAGUUCGAGCAGCUGCAUCUUUUGUUGUUUUAAUGAGUGGGGAAAAUCCUGCCAAGCCAACACAGCUUCGGGAAGGGUGCGCAAGCUGGCAUUACUAUGUAACCAUGCCAAUGCCAGCCUCCACCUUCACGAUCGCAGUGGGCUCCUGGACAGAAAUGAAGCCAGAGCCCUGCUUGUUCAAGGAUCUGGCAGCAGAGAGAGCCCUCUCACCUUCCGAGGCUGACUUCAGGUAUGUUGGCGUUUGUGGUCACACGGAAUACCCCUGCCGCUUCCAGAAUCCUUCCGCUACCACCCAGGAGAUUGUUCCUCAUCGGGUCUUUGCCCCAGUGUGCCUCCAGGGUGCCUGUCAAGAGACCCUUCUGCGGCUGGUCCCCCCGUGCCUCUCAGCAGCAUACUCCAUCCUGGGAACACACCCGUUCUCCAGGCUGGACAUCCUCAUCGUUCCUGCCAACUUCCCGAGUCUGGGGAUGGCCAGCCCACACAUCAUCUUCCUCUCUCAGAGCGUCUUGACAGGAGCGAGCCAUCUCUGUGGGACCCGGCUCUGCCAUGAAAUCGCUCACGCCUGGUUUGGCCUAGCCAUCGGGGCCCGGGACUGGACGGAGGAGUGGCUGAGUGAAGGGUUCGCCACUCACUUGGAAGACGUGUUCUGGGCUGAAGCGCAGCAGCUGGCCCCCCACGAGGCCCAGGAGCAGCAGGAGCUGAAGGCUUGUCUGCGCUGGUGUCGCCUCCAGGACGAGGUGCGGAACUCCCCCGAGGAGAUGCAGGUGUUGAGGUAAAGCACCCUGAGAUCUCUUUCCCCCUCAUCCUCUGCUUCCCCCUCCUUUCCUUCAAGACGCAUCCUGGCCAUCUAUUAAAUCUGCUGUGUUUCCUUUUUAAAUCAAACUGGGUUA